AUGAAAAAAUUGAAAAGUCAGGACACCACCAAAGACCGUCGUGACAGUGCCGCCAAGAAAGAUUCUGAACAUCUUGAUCCAUCACAGGGAAGACCACCUACGGAAUCACAAUCACAAAGCCAGCAUGUACAACAACCAACGAGACCAAGUGAGAGCCAUGCCCCAUCAACUUCUUCCUCUAUGCAAACAUUUGACGAUGUUUAUUCCCCGAAUCAACAGAAAACGGUGUCAACAUCAUCCUCGGAUAGCAAAUUGACACCAGAAUUCACAUCACCAACCAAAUCGUUGAAAACCUUUCUUUUCAAAAACAGACUUUCUUCAUAUUCAAUUGACAGUAUAAGUGAAGAGCCAGAAUUAGAACCGCAAGUUACCAAGGAACUGAAAUCAGCAACUAUUCAAUCUGCCAUACAGGAUUUGACUCCAACAAAAUCUCCGAGUCGACUUUUGAAUUUCAACCUUCGACCAAAGUUUAUUCGUUCCAGAUCAUCAGGAUUAUCUGAUACUGGCGCAAAUCCACCACUAACGCCCACCAAGUACACAUCUGCUGCUCGAAAAAGAGUAACAAUUGACGACUUUGCUGAUACCGAAUCCGAAGAGUCUGGGACAAGUAGUAACCAGGAAGCAGAAGGUGAUCCUGAGGAAAUUGAGUCUCCCAUUCUAUUUGACGAAACUUUUGAUGAAUCUGUCAAUUCAGUUUUACAAGAGUACCACAAUAGGGAUUCGGAUGUAAGAACAAAAAGUAUGUUUCUCGAAUCGGAUCUAAGACCGAAAAGUGGAGAGCUAUCAUUACAUGAAAGUGAGCAAUUAAAGUCCGAUAUUAUACGGCAAGGUUCCGUUAAAUCAAUUGGUACGAAAACUGGUCCAAGUAGCGACCGCCUACCUUCCGCCAAACAACAACUCUACAUUGAUGCUAAGGCUUCUCAAGAGCACUUUAAACAGGGAAACAUUAGGGUAGAUCAACAAUCACCAACGAUUUUCAAAAGAGUCUCAGCUCCUUCCGACGAAAGUAGUCCCAAAACACCAAGAUCAGACAGAGAUAGCUCAGGCAGUGCUGUGCUGUUGCGGUUCAGAGUCCAUGGUGAUCAAAUUGAACCAAUAAAGAGCAAAGCAAGGCAUACGAGUUCGGCCACAACAACUACCAAUGCUGAAACAAAUAGAUCCUCGUUGAGAGCAUCCAUCACCCUUAGUGAUGACAGUGAAGUUGAUGAUGGUGCAAAAUCAAAGUAUCCCGAGCCAACAAUUACACCAUUGGCUACCCCAAGAGUAAAUUAUUCUGACAAUAGGCACAGUUCGUCGACAGAGUAUACCAACAGAAGUUCGAUCAAUGAUAGCGCAAUAGCCGGUCUGUUGCCUAACACAUCAUCGAGUGGUGGUGGAGGUGGCAGUGGGGGUCGUCACCUGUCCCCACAAGUUCACCCUUCGGUCCUUCGACACUCACUUGCGGAUGAUAGCAUUUCCAUCAGUGGCGAUGAGUAUCAUUUCGACGAGGAAACAAUUGCCAACAAGACUAAUGUGCUUAAUUUCAGCAAUACGCAUACAUUUGAUGAAACCAUGUUGAAGAGUGAGGAUACAAAACAUUCUAGUGUGGCUCGAUCAUCCAUGUCUUCAGGUGAGUUAUUGAGAAACUUAGUUGGUAGUUCAUACGAUCAGACAAGGAGUAGCGAUAAUUCUGAUUCGAUUCAACGCCCUACAAGUCAGUAUCGAGAAGGUAAAGUAGUGGGAUCCAGACCCGUUUCGAUGCUGGGUAAUAUCUCAAAACCAGCAAUGCCCAUGGAGACACCUUUAAAUUUAUCAUCUGAAAACAUAUAUCCUAAUUUACCAUCGAAGCAAAGACUUCCAAGAAUCGAUAGUAGUCAAACUGUCAAUAAUAUGACUGCAGGAUUGGACGCAACCAAUGAAUUACCGAUAAUGUUGUACAAGAUUCAUAACAAGGACUAUGAUGAGUCAAAAAAUCGAUGGUCUGUGUAUGAGAAUCGCAAUAGUCAAAACACUCAAAAUGCAGCAAAAGCAGCUCGUGAGGAGGUUGCUCUCCUGACACGAUCAGGAUCUGAGUCUAAUAGUCCUGAUGCUAAUGCAGCACUUACACCUAAACCAGAGACAUCACAAGCUGGAUCAAUCAGUGGUUCUAGCGGAGUGGGUACCCGAUCAGCCACAAGAUCAUCCCACACUUCGUCAACAUCGAGCCCUUUGGAUAGACAACUUGACAAUCAGAAAGAUUUGUCAAGUGGUAUCCCACAACAACAAAGUGUGCAAAGACCUACUCAAGAAGAUCCACAGAUGCCUGGACAGCCCUUGGUUUUAUCUCAACCCAAGCGAAACUUAUUUCUCAAUGAUAGGCAACCAUCUACGAAUAUGAUGGACCCAGAGAAGCACACUAAUAACUUUACUUAUCCCCGAGAUCAAACUUAUCUUCCUCGUCAACAAAAACAAGAAGGAGAAUAUGAUUCGCCGUAUCAUUUUAUUCCCUAUAGUAUGCUUCAAUUUUCAUUACUUAUGCUUGUUGGUCUAGUUGCUCCCCCUAUCUAUUUUCUUACUACGUUGGGAUUAUUCGAUGGUAAAGAUAAUCAAAGUUCUUAUUAUGGUGGAAUGACUAGCUAUAAAGUGAAUAGUUCUAAUCGGGGAGUUUAUGUGAAAAAGUUCACAAAGCUGCAAAAAAUCAUUAGUUUUGUGAUUGGUUUGGUUUGGGUGUUGAUUGUGUUGGCCAUGAUAGGAGUUGGAUUAGGAGUUGGAUUGACCAGAGGAAGGUGA